AUGUCUGAAUCUACUCCAAUAAAACUCCCUUCAUCUGCUCCUUUUCCAGUUGUAGUAUCCUCAGUUUUAUGUAAACCAGGUGAAGUGGUUUCUAAACAUAAAACUAUAUUCAAUUAUAAGUAUUGGGAUUAUCAAGAUGACCCUAAUUCCACCGAAGACCCUCCAAAGAAAAUACGAGUUGAACGAUUGGGUACUUUUGAAAGCCCAAUUGAAGGCGAAAUCGAUAAAAUCAAUAUAUCUCCACAAGAUGAGAUAACUCACAAUGGCAUUGAGUUAAUGUUUAUCAAAGAAGCAUGUCCUCACACGGUUCAAUAUGGAGGAUUAUGUGCAUUAUGUGGGAAAUCAUUAGAAGAAGAAAAAGAUUACUCCGGAUACAACUAUGAAGAUAGGGCAACAAUUGAAAUGUCUCAUGACAAAACUGGAUUGAAAAUAAGUUUUGAUGAGGCAGCUAAAAUCGAACACAGCACGACCGACAGAUUAAUUGACGAGAAGAAGUUGAUUCUUGUUGUGGAUUUGGAUCAAACAGUCAUCCAUGCAACUGUGGACCCAACGGUUGGUGAAUGGCAACUGGACCCUUCAAACCCAAAUUAUCGUGCUGUUAAAGACGUCAGAUCGUUUUGUUUAGAAGAACAACCUAUCGUUCCUCCUGGAUGGACUGGUCCAAAAUUGGCACCUACAAAAUGUACUUAUUACGUGAAACUUCGUCCUGGAUUACUGGAGUUUUUGGAAAGAAUGUCAGAAAAAUACGAGAUGCAUAUUUAUACCAUGGCAACAAGAAACUAUGCUUUAGCCAUUGCUAAAAUAAUUGAUCCCGAAGGCAAAUAUUUUGGAGAUAGAAUUCUUAGUCGUGACGAAAGUGGUUCCUUGACUCAUAAGAACUUGAAGAGAUUAUUUCCAGUUGAUCAGUCGAUGGUUGCUAUAAUAGAUGACAGAGGUGAUGUAUGGCAAUGGGAAAGUAAUUUAAUUAAAGUUGUUCCAUACGACUUCUUUGUGGGCAUUGGUGAUAUUAAUUCGAGCUUCUUGCCAAAGAAGAAUGGCCAACUUACUGGACCAAUCAAGAAGAGGAAAAAUAUUGCCAAGUUAGAGGCAGCUGCCGAAUUAUCAAAGGAAGGCGAAAUCAUAGAUGAACAAGGUGAAAUUGAGUCUAUAUCCAGUGAUACUAAUCGAGAUGGCGAUGGUGCCACAACUGCUUCCACAACACCGGUCCCAACAGCUGCAAGUGAGGAUGAUGAUGAUGAUGAUGCCCAUUCUGAUGUUUCUACAAGUUCUCCAGUAGAGAGGAUUCUCGAAUUAGGUGGUGGUGAAGGCAAUACCAGUUUAUUAUUAGACCAGUCAUUGGCAAGAAACCAAUCAAUCGAGCAACAACAACAGGAUCGCCCGUUGGCUAAAUUGCAACAUGACCUCGAACAGAUGCAUGAACACCGUCAUGAAAAUACAGAAAGUAAAUCUCUGGAAAGUGGAUCUGAAGAUGAAGAUGAUGACGAGGAUAAUUUAUUACGUGAUGAUGAUAAUGAAUUAGUUGCGUUAGACAAAGUGUUGGUAAAUAUUCAUGAGGAAUAUUAUAAACGAUACGAUAAGGAAAAUAAACCAGAUUUGACUGAGAUAAUUCCUACUAUGAAGAGUAAAGUGCUAGAUGGUAUAACAGUAUUAUUUUCUGGUAUUAUCCCGCUAGGUAUCAAUCUAGAUUCUGCUGACAUCGUGAUAUGGUGUAAGCAAUUUGGUGUCAAAGUCGUGAAUGAAGUAUAUCCAGAUAUUACUCAUGUUGUUUGUCGAGACAUCGGUGAGGAUAUUGGACCUACUUUUAAGGCCAGAGUUGCAAGAAAGUUAUAUCCGGAUACAGUUAAGAUUGUGAAUCCUGAUUGGUUAUUUGCAUGUUUAAGCAAUUGGACUAUAGUCGAUGAGAAAGAAUACUUGGUUUCUACAGAGAAUCCAAAGCUUUGGAAAAUACAAAAUGCCGAGCUUGAGAAAUAUAAGAAAGCGUUGGAAGAGAGAGCUCACAUGGCCGAAGCUACCCAUAUAGAUUCCAUUGACUCAUUUGAUGAAUAUGACUUGGAUGAAGCAAACCAAGAAGUGGAUGAUUUCUUGGCUGGUUUAAGUGAUGAUGACGACGACGAAGAUGAUGGUGAUCUUGACAACGCAAACAACAUUAACUUUGCUCAAGAACAAGAAGAAGAAGAAGAAGAAGAAGACAACAAUGGUAACAAAGUCCUUGAAGGAGCAGAUAACGUUGAUGAAGAGGAAGAAGAAGAAGAGGUUUCUACUACGAAUGGCCACGAUUCAUUUAUCAAAAAUCUUUAUAGUAACAAGAAGAGACCCUUGCAAGAAGAAGAAGAAGACAGCGAUGCUGAAACUAAUGGUGAAACAUCAAGUAAGAAACAAAAGGUUGAAAUGGAUGAGGAAUUUUUAGAUGAUUUGGAAAAAGAGUUGCUUGAUGGCUUUGAUGAUUUAGAAGAGUAG